GUUAAAUUGAAUUGUCAAUUUUAUAUGAAGAAAAAUUGUUUUUUUUUAAAAUAAAUUUACAUCCCUUCAAAAUAAAAAGUAAAAAAAAUAAAUUCAAUAAAUAAUAAAUAAAUAAUUUAAUAAUUAAUGAAUAAAGAACAAACAUGAAUCAAUUGUGUGUGUGUGUGGAUAUUUAUGAGAUGAUGAUUCUUUAAACUGAGACUAUUAUCAUCGGUUACUAUUGCUGUAUUAUAUAUCCAAUUGUAAUAACACAGAGAACAAAAGACAAUUAUGUACAGUUUAAUAUCAUAUUCUCAUGUUAUUUCACUGUUUAUAAUAUUAAUCUUGGGAGAGUUAAACAUGCAAAUAGUUUACAGUUAUAUAUUUUGUCAUUGUGAUACUGAUGAAUGUCGUGCAUUUGGUUAUAAAGAAUGUAAAGCAGAAUUUUAUUGUUAUAGUAUUUAUGAAUUAAAUUCAAUAUCCAAUAAUCGUAUACCAUUAACAAAUCAUACAACAGAAAUUACUGGUAUCUCUAUUAGUCGUGGUUGUAUAUCAAAUAGUUUUAUAACAAUGUGUACAAAAAAAGAAAUUCAAUAUAAUAAACAAUUUAAAUCACCAUAUUUAAUUACUCGUUGUUGUAGAGAUGCAUGGUGUAAUACAGAUAAAGUAAAAAUCGCUCAAAGUAAUUGGUCUUUGCAUGAAACAAAACGUUAUACACCAGGGGAUUAUUCUAACUAUGACACUAAACAAACACAAUUUAAAACAGGAACAGAAGCAUCAUCACUGUUGACAAAUUCAAAAGAUUUUCAAAAUUUACAAAGCGAUCUCCAUUUAACUGAUGAAGAUUUUUCUGAAAAUUUGUUAAACUCAAAGUUACUUCAUCAAGAUAUAUCUAAACAAACAAUAAUGGAAGAUCGGUCUGAUGUGAUUAAUUCCAGGAGAGGAAUACAACGGAAAGGAGAUAAAGGUGAUGGAAAUAUUGAAACUGAUUCAAGUCGUAUUCUUACAGAAAAUUUUCAAUUAUCUUAUUUCAAUCCAGUCAAAUCAGCACACUCGAAAUCCUAUAGUAUGAAUAUGUUGUUAGCAAGACCAAUCUAUGUAGCUAUGGGAAUAUCAUUAGCUAUUCUUUUAUUUGGGCUUAUUUUCUUAUCAUUUGCCAUUUUGAUAUAUCGAAAGAAUAAACUUUUACAUACUUCUAAUUGUCGGACAGUUUGUACUUAUUCACGCCACAACAGAAAUAGCAUUACUUCACCUAUAAGUGAGAGAGUUAUUUGUAAAAAUGCUACAGGGAUAUCAGAAAAUACAGACAGGCUGCAUAACUGGAAUCAACCGAUUGCUGUAUUUCCAAAUCAACAUUCAACAGAUGAACCACUUUUAUUAAACGGUAUCAGUUCAAUUGAAAGCAUGAAUCCUUCUACAGAUUAUCGGACGUUAACACUAAUUAAAACUAAAAGUAAAUGGUUGAAAUCAACAGGUUACACAACAUCACCAGAAAAGAAAGAAAAUAUCUAUAAAGAAAAUUUGUUAACAUAUUACUGCAAUCAUUGUAUAUGCUGUUAUUCUAAUAAUGAUAACAAUGUUACUCAUGAUACAAAUAAUUUCAAUCAUUCAAUAAAUAAAAACUUCAAAUCAUUCAUUAACUUAUCACAAUUCAAUAAAAGAACUAUAACCAAUGACAUUAAUAAUGAUAAUUUACAUCCAGUUAUAUGUGAAACAAGUGAAUUUAGUUUAAAUACAGAUAAUCAAAAACAUGAACCAAGUAGUAUAUCUACACCAUUGUUUAGUAUACAUUCAUCAUCUACUCAACAAUUAACAGAUUUAAUUGAAUAUAAAAAGUUAAAUACUACUAAUUAUAGUCAUAGUAAUAACAACAGAUUAUUAAUUAAUAAUCAAGAUACAUUUAAAUGGAUCAAAAAUCAACAAUCAACUAAUCAGAAUUCAAUGAAAUUUCAACAAUUACAAAAGAAUAUACAACGUCCAAUUCAUUCAAUGUUGAAUGAUUUCAAUGGAACCUAUUCUGAUUCUAGUUAUUUAUAUGAUAUGGAUAAUAAAAAUAAUAAUUCAGAUUAUGAACAUAUUAAAACAAUGAAAAAACAGAAAUUUAUUGAGAUAGAAACAAGAAAAAGUAAUACAAUACAAGUAAACAAUAAUAUAGAUUCAUUCUCUUCUGUAGUAUGUAAUGAUAAAAGAAGAAAUACACAUUGUAGUAGUAGUAAUAGUAGUAGUAGUGGUGGUCAUUUAGAAAACGGAUCGAUAAACCAACAAUCUGUAUUACCAGUUCAAUUUACUGAUUUAGUUUUUCCUCAUCUACCACCACCUCCAUCUUAUCCACCUCCUCCUUUGUAUCAACAACAAGAACCUCAACAAAAAAUUAUUGAAAUAUUCAAUCCUCAUAACUCUACUAAUGCUAAUAAUACUAAUAAUAUUAAUAAUAAUAAUAAUAAUAAUAAUAAUAAUGAUAAUAAAUUGUUUAAUCAUAAAAAUACUCUAUUUGUUGACUUACAUCGAUUUGAUAUACUUUUACAACGUCAAAGAGGUACUGGAAAAACAAGUAGCGGUGGUGAAGAUAAUAAAACAAUAGAAAGUGAACAAUCUGAUAUCAUUCAAACAUGGAAAAUAUCUGAUUCAAAUGAAAAUAAUAAUGAAUUGAAUACUGUUACAUUAGAUCAUAGAAUGAUUCCUUUGAACAAUAAUAAUAAUAAUCAAUUUCAUAAAUGUUCACCUGAUUUAAAUAAAUUAACUGGACAUAGAAUGAUUGAAACAGAUUUGAUUGGUUUAGCAACUUUUCGUAAAGCUGACGAGAAAUGUGUAGAUUUAGUUACACCAUAUGCCCAAUUUGAUUUAUCACCAGAUUCAAAUCUGUGUAUAAAAGCUGAAUAAUAAGAAAAAAUAAUAACAAUACAUCAUUCUAUUUUAUACAUGAACACAUAUGCAAGAUCAAAAUGUAAAUAAAUUCACCUUAUACAUUUAUAUUGGUAUCAGAAUGUCAUUUAAAUUGUACAUUUGCACUUAAUUUAUACGAAAUGAAUAAUCUUACUCUCAGUAUUUAAAAGACAUUUUAUGAGUUAAAUAUUUUUUUUGUAGUUUGGUAUUAGCCUUAUGAGCAAAGAUGGAGGGUGGCUAACAGUUGAAUCUAGGAUGCGCGUUUCAUCCUAUUUGGGA